AUGACGACAAACGUAGAAAUGCAACCCAAUUCUGGGUUGCUCAACGUAGAAAUGCAACCCAGUGCUGCGAUGCUCAAUGCAGCCAAAUUGGCCCUGGUCGAGACGAAAAAUGUAGGAGAAAUUAAAUCAGCAACGAGGGUAACUGGAGGACCAGCGACUCCUAGGAAAGGACCACCGAAAUUCAAACAGCGGCAAACAAGACAGUUCAAAAGCAAGCCACCAAAGAAAGGAGUACAGGGGUUUGGUGAUGACAUCCCUGGAAUGGAAGGAUUAGGCACAGAUAUCACUGUCAUCUGCCCCUGGGAGGCCUUCAGUCACCUCGAGCUACACGAACUCGCACAGUAUGGAAUCAUCUGAAGUCAGCCACUACCCACAGAAUUCUG